UUUACUUUGAAAAAGAGGAAAAGAAAAACUUGAGUCAUCGAACAUUUCAGGUUUUACACACACACCAUGGUUUAACAGAAUGUCCAGUUGGUAUAAAUGGCAAGGAAGAAUUUUGUCUGUGAAUGGACACCUAAAUCUUUUAUAUUGACUGUAGUAAUUGCUACUGUGUUGUUCAAUGAAUGUUUUAUAUACAUCAUACAGAGUUUUAGAUGGCCGGACAUUGGUAUAGCUGAUUACAGAAAUUAUGAAGAAGAGCAAGUCAUAUUACUGGUAUCUGAUCCACAACUACAAGGGUACCAGAUGGAACCACCAUUUCCCAUAGGUUCAUUUUCAAGAUGGGACAUAGAUAGAUAUUUAACCAGAACUUUUGGCUUAGUCUAUCAUCAUGUAAAACCAGAUAUUAUAUUAUUCCUUGGUGAUUUAAUUGAUGAGGGCAGUACAGCUGUAGAUGAAGAGUAUCAUUAUGCUUACCAGAGAUUUAUCGAUGUGUUCUCAGCAGCUGAAUAUACUAAAAAGAUAUAUAUUCCUGGUGACAAUGAUAUAGGUGGAGAAGGCAGAGACUUCAGAACACAGAAAAAAGUGGAUAGAUUUGUAAAAAAUUUUGAAAAUAUAACUGGUGUGUCUACAUUUGGGUUCAUAGAUUACAUAAAGUUAGAUAUGCAGUUUCCUGAGCCAAGAUUUCUUGAGAAAAGAAUGCUUGCUACAUCAUUUGGUGACAAACUUGGUCCUGGUAUUCAUAUUCUCCUUACACACAACACUAUUUUACCAAGAGAUAAACCUUUUGUUAUUUCUAUCCUGCAGCAAGUCCGUCCUCACCUGAUAUUCUCAGGACACUGGCAUAAGGCCAAUGUAUUUCUGUGCAAUGAUUGUAUGAAAGAUGAUGACUCAUCAUGGAGCGUAAAACAGAGAAAUAUAGAAGACAUGAAAGGAUGGAUGGUAACAAAUUUGACAGAAAAACCAUUCUCUAUCACAGAAAUCAUGGUACCUACAUGUAGUUACAGAAUGGGAGUGCCAAAUAUGGGAUAUGGUGUGGCUAUAAUUAGAAAGAAUGGUGAAUUAUCAUAUACAGUUUUAUGGACACCAGAGAGAUAUAAAAUGUUAUAUGGGUAUUUGGUGGCAAUAUGUGUGUGUUUACUAGUCUGUCUCGCUUCCAGGUGGUUAAGAAAGAGAUGACAUCAGAAAACCCUCUAAAACUAUUGGUGAUUUCUGCCGGCCUUAUAUUCUACAAUGAUCAAACAGAUCAAAUAUCAAAUUUGUUAUUAUAUUAGUUGAACAUGUAUUAUCAAAUAUGUAUAUUUUCCAUAUUUUCUGAAAAUAUGACAUUAUUAAUAUAUAUUUUUCCAUCAUAGCCAAGAUUUCUAUUGGCAUUUUAUAUCUAUAUUUUGUAACUUUGGUCAUAUUUAAAAGUCAUAUUGAAUAAACAAAAACAGCUGCUUGUGUUUAGAUGCUUACAAGAAAUUAUGACGUUUUAAAAGACAAAAUUUGCUCAAAUGUAAUAUAAUUGACUAGAAAUUAGAUAAUAUUCGAAAUUUAUUUUUUUAAGUAAUUUUUUUUUUCAAUAUUUUUCGAUAUGGAAAAUAAAAAUUAAUUUUGUUUGAAAAUAUACUUCAUUAUAACAUUAUCUUAAUUAGCAUGUAAGGCAAGAAGUAUAUAUAGAUUAAAAAAUAAUAUAUUUUAGUAAGAAAAAAUGUAUGUCUGUUGUAAUGCAGAAAAUGUAAUUUUGAAAUGCUGCCUGAUUUGUUAAAAUGUUUGACUGUUUCAACCAUGCAUUUGAUUAAAUGUUUAGUCAUUCUGAUUGAUAGUUCAGUUACAUAUGUAUGCUUUUUGGUGUGAAUUUCAAUUUAGAUACUCUUAUUUAUACUAUAUAUCCAGCAACACCAUUUUAUUGCUUACUUAUAUGAAAAAACAUCAUUUAAAUUCUAUUUUUAUCAAUGAUUCCAAUCUAUAGACCAAUUUAGAGUUCUCUUUUUGUGAAUGGGUUAUGCUGGUUGACACUAGGUCAGUUGGCGUAAAUAACUUCUGAACGUCAACAAUUGACUCUCACUUAGACAUGAUAUCAGAUGCAUUUUGACAUAAGAAAUGUAAGAAAAAAUAUAAAUA